AUGGGGAGACCUGGAGGACUAAAAUGUGCAGUCAAAGACUGCAAGAGUAAGUACUUAGAUAAUAAUCAACAUACACCAUUGAGAUUCUUUAGGUUCCCUAAUCCUAGGACCCAAGAAGUGAGAAUGAAUUCAUGGCAACUGGCGUGCAAUGAUGAAUUGAUCAGGGCUACUGAUCCUAUGAAAUUGUAUGGAAGCAUGAGAAUUUGCAGUCUACAUUUUGAGGAUCAUUUGAUAGAAAAGCACAAACUGAAAGAAAAUGCUGUUCCUAUACUAAACUUGGUGGUAUCUUUAUCAGGCUCCAUACAUGGGGAGCAUUCAUAUUUCAGUGAUGAAAAUAUAGAAGUAGGUCAUUUUAUGGAGAAGUCUGAUUCUCAAGUGCAGACAGAAAAGCAACUUUCAGCUAUCACACCAAGAAAAAUCAAAUUAAUCAAGAAAAUAAAUGUGGAAUUCCCGAAUCCAGAGGAACAGCUGUGGACUCGCUUGACUUGUACUAAUCUGGGGUCCAGAGGUGUUUACCCGUCCCCGCAUUUGUUUCAUUCCAGGAAUUUCCAGGAUACGGAGCAGCCGGGGACUCGCUUGAUUUGUACUAAUCUGGGGUCUAGAGGUGCUCACCCGUCCCCGCAUUUGAUUUAUUCCAGGAAUUUCCAGGAUCCGGAGGAGCAGCCGGGGACUCGCUUGAUUUGUACUAAUCUGGGGUCUAGAGGUGCUCACCCGUCCCCGCAUUUAAUUUAUUCCAGGAAUUACAGAAUCCGGAGGAGCAGCCGGAGACUCGCUUGA